AUGGACGAAACGCAACAAUCGCUAUCGUUUCUCGACUUGAAUGACGAUGUCCUUGCAGAGGUGUGCGAAGCAGUCGUUCAGCUGUCAAGAUCGGAUCCACCGUCUCGAUUCACAGAGAACGGCAAGCCCACUCUCCUCCAGGCAUUUUCAAUGACGUGUCGACGACUGCGACGGAUUGCGGCAUCCCGCUUAUUCUAUGGCAUCAAGAUCGGGCCCCACGGGUGGGAUCUAGUCCGAGUCGGUGACUCAAUAGGUCCUCUUGGACUAUGUCCCUAUACCCGAGCAUAUACAAAGCGUCUGCACUUCGAGCUAUUCCCCGAAAACUCACCAACCGGCAGAGACUGCCGUCUCCCCGCAAGAAUCGCUGAAAUUUUCAUCAAUCUCAGGAGACUCGAACGGCUCACAUUCAGCGUGCCCGAAUGUCAAAAUACCAGCGCCAGAUUUAAGAAGAUAUUUAUGGGCAACAAUCUUCAAUUGCCAAGUGUGGAGUCCUUGCAUCUCCCGAACGGCAGCCAUUGGAUUAUCAAUUGUUGUCCGAACCUGACUACCCUUCGGCUUGGGCCCACUGGUAAAGUGCUACUUGGAACGAUCAUUGAGGACAGCAGCCACAUCCUAGUACAUCUGCAACAUUUCGAAAUAGCCGCUCACUGGGACACUGAGCUUCUGAGACCCAUCUUGAAAAUUAUGCCGAAUCUGCGCACAUUGGCGAUGGCAAGAGGCGCUCUCCACUAUCGGGAGAGUAUUGAAGACAUGGUGCCUGUUCUGGCACGUUUCUCAAAAAUGAAGACACUUGUGCUUGCCAGUGUGGCCAAUCUGAGAGUUGGUUUCAGCGUCCCAUAUGGCGGGGGAGCUUAUAAUGGGCACAGUCGAGUUGGUCCACUGGGCAAAGACAUACCAGAAGAACGACUGAAAGCCAUUCAUUUUGUGGCAGAUCUGGUCUUCACGGGAUGUCCUGAUCUACAAGAACUUUGGAUUGGGGAGUUCUAUAAAGCUAUGCGCAGCAAGGCCAAAGAAGGCAACAAUGCUCUGAUUGAGAUAUCUGAGGCUAGGCGAGCAUGGCCGCCGAUAGGAUGA